GGCGCGAAUAUUGGGCAUCGUGAUGACUGAUGGUUAUAAUUUAUAUAUUUUGCUGCAUCUUCCUUCAUUUUCUAGAUUCUAUGUACAGUGUCCUGAUUGUCAUCUGAUUAUGUGACCGACCCCCUAUGAUGGACCCCCGCUACAGUGCCCAGGAAAUCCUCCUCUGUGACCUGUGUCAGAGCGCCGUGGUACAGAGUCAUUGUGAACUCUGUCAUCUGAAUCUCUGUAUUGUCUGUGUUGGAAUACACCUCUCCGAUUCAGCUAAACGACACAAUGUUGUACCGUACAAACACAGAACUAUUGCUCCUAGUCAGCCUAAAUGUCCAAACCAUACCCAGAAAUAUUGUGAACUCUACUGUGACAAAUGUGACAUUCCUGUCUGUGCUGUCUGCAUCUCCUCUGGGAAACAUCAUGGGCAUAAAAUCACAGAUGUUCUACAGAAACUCAGCUCCAAAAAAGAAGAUUUAAAGAAGGAUUUGAAUGAGCUAGAAGAAAGAAUAUACCCUACUUAUGAAGAAAGGGCAUCUGAUAUAAAGUUAAGAAAAGCUAACCUGGUAAAACAUUACGAGAAGCUAACAAUGGCAGUCUCCAAACAGGGAGAAGACUUGCACCGUGAUAUUAACAUCAUUGUGAAUGAACGGAAGUCAGAAAUUGAGGAGAUGAAAACCAAACACCUGGCUGCUCUAAGUAAACAGGAAAAUGAAAUGAAACAGAUAAUUUCUGAUGUCAAACAGAGUAUUGUUGAUUUGAAGAAAACGCUGGACUCCAAUGAUGUCUCCCGAACCUCCGUGUACAAAUCCAGGAAUGCUGAAUUUAGAAAUUUACCACCUAGUGUCAAUGUUGUGUUACCAAGUUUCUCUUCUCAACCAGUCAACACAAAACAGCUCCAUCAAAUGUUUGGUUCUCUGUCAGUAUUGUCCAUCACGACAGCUGCAGAGGGCAAAACACUGGAGGCACCAGAAGCACCAGUCAGACCACUGCUUGAAGAACCUGAGCUCAUCACCACCAUAAAUGUGAAGUAUCGACAACUGUACAGCGUAGCUUGUCUCAGUAACGAAGAAAUCUGGACAUGUGGAGAAGAUAGUAACAUGAAACUCUACAACCUCCAGGGCAAGCUACUGAUGUCAGUGGAAACCAUGUCAGGGAACUAUCCAAGAGAUAUAGCUGUGACAAAGACAGGAGAUCUAGUGUAUACCGACCGCGACACAAGAACUGUCAACAUACUGAAGAAUAACUGGAUACAGGAAGUGAUCCGACUGCGUGGGUGGAAACCCUACAGACUCUGCUGUAGCUCCUCUGGUGGCCUACUUGUUACCAUGCUCAGUGAUUUUGGAGGACAUUCAAAAGUUGUGCGAUACUCCGGAUCCACUGAGAUACAAACCAUUCAGUAUGAUAGUAAAGGCCAACGUCUUUAUUCUACAGGGUGCCUCAGUAAAUACAUCAGUGAGAACCGAAACAUGGACAUCUGUGUUGCAGACAAUACAGCCCAUGCAGUAGUGGUGGUUAAUAAGGCAGGGAAACUCAGGUUUAGGUACACUGGGCGCCAUUCCUCAACUAACAGGAAAAUAUUUGAUCCUUGUGACAUCACAACAGACAACCAGGGUCAAAUACUGACCUCAGACUUCGACAACCACUGUAUUCACGUCAUAGAUCAGGACGGACAGUUCAUCCGGUACAUUUAUACAUGUAAUCUACUCUUCCCUUGGGGUUUAUGUGUAGACACCAGAGACAAUCUUUUUGUGACCGAGUUCUCCAGUGGUAAAGUGAAGAAAAUAAAAUACAUGUAACUUGUUUGAUGCGUCUGUGAAUGAGAUCUAUUUCAGACUCCAGAGACUAAGAUAAGGUGUAUACUUCAAGUAAGCCUCAUGUUGUACAUUACAGAUGGCAUCUUUGUAGUUGUGCAGGACAUAGAUGAAACUAAAACUCACACAGAGAACAUGGAGAAUGCUCUAUUAAUGAAUAAAAAACUUUUUUAAUAUAGCAGAAACGAGACAUCUUACAUGUACAUUUGUAAACAAUAUUUUUUGU